AUGGAAAAUUCAGAGGGAACCAGGGUCAGAUAUAAAGCAAAAUUCAUCAAGAAAAAACAUGUAAAUUUGCUGUUAUCUCAAGUUCGCGUUGACAAGAAUAAUAAAGGCAGAACAGUUCAAGUGGUUCCGCCGAUCCACGACGAAGAAAACGGAGAUGUGCCAGUGAAAAAAAGAAAAUUAAAAAAUGAAGGAGUAGGAGGAAACCGACAAGAUGAAGAAGAGCAGAACAGUGCUGAUGAGUGGUUUGAAACUACUGAUAAUGAUCCAGGAGAAUCAGUGUCCCCAGAGCCAUUUACUGGCAAUCGCAUUGUGGAUUUAGAGUUAUUGAGCGAGGCUCUCGUAUAUGAAGCAGAUACAGAGGGUGCCUACCAGCAAGUGCCUGCCAGACCGAGAAAAUGGCAAAAAAAAGAGAAUUUUGAGAUAAAUUUUCAAGCUGUUCUAGGUUGUAUUCAUGCUGGAAUCGGAAACCAACCAUUCAAUAAACUAUUGGCACCCAUGAGCAUUCCCCCCUUCUAUUAUAACACCUUCCAGUUCUGCGAGAAAAAAGUAGGCCCAGUUAUCGAGACUAUUGCUAGAGAGAGCUGCGACAGAGUGACAAAAAUUGAAAGGGAGUUAACAAUAGCGAAUAAGAAUGAUAUUGAAAAGAUGGUAUGA